GCACACAGAUCACCGCGUGGAACACAUUCCGGUUGGAACUGCGACAAGCGAAGGCUUUCUCGGAGAUACGUUUGUUUUAAACUUGGUGAAAAAGCUUCAGAGAUGCUUGUUUUAUUUGAAACCGCUGCUGGUUAUGCAAUAUUUAAAGUCCUCGAUGAGUCAAAGCUCCAAGAGGUGGACAGUUUAUGGAAGGAGUUCGAAACUCCGGAGAAGGCCAACAAAGUGGUGAAGUUGAAGCACUUUGAGAAAUUCCAGGACACAACAGAGGCCUUGACCAUCAGGACACAGAUGGAGUCCCUGAUCACUGGGCUGCCCCCCCGGGAGAUCAGCGCCAUGUCUCUGGGACUGGCUCACAGUUUGUCCCGCUACAAGCUGAAGUUCAGCCCUGACAAAGUGGAUACCAUGAUCGUUCAAGCUAUCUCUCUGCUGGAUGACCUGGACAAGGAGCUCAACAACUACAUCAUGCGCUGUAGGGAGUGGUACGGCUGGCACUUCCCUGAGGUGGGGAAGAUCAUCACUGACAACCUGGCCUACUGCAAGAGUGUCCGGAAGAUAGGCGCUCGUACCAACGUGGCAACCACCGACCUGUCUGAGCAUCUCCCCGAGGAGGUGGAGGCAGAGGUCAAACUGGCUGCAGAGAUCUCCAUGGGAACGGAGGUGUCAGAGGAGGACAUCGGCAACAUCAUGCACCUGUGUGACCAGGUGAUAGAGAUUACAGAGUACCGCACCCAACUGUACGACUAUCUGAAGAACAGGAUGAUGGCUAUCGCUCCCAACCUGACUGUCAUGGUGGGGGAACUGGUCGGGGCACGGCUCAUCUCACACGCUGGGUCCCUGUUGAACCUGGCCAAGCACCCGGCCUCCACAGUCCAGAUCCUGGGAGCAGAGAAGGCCCUGUUCAGAGCCCUGAAGAUGUGCAGAGACACGCCCAAAUAUGGUCUCAUCUACCACGCCUCUCUGUUGGGACAGACCUCGGCCAAGAACAAGGGCAAGGUGAGGCUUUUGUUCCAGCCAUCACUAGAAGUAGAAUGUCUCUUCAUAUGAUCUUCAUAUGGUUUCACUAAGAAUUUCAUUUAUUCAAUAAAUGUUCCUUUUGUUCGA